AUAUAAACAUCGUCGGGGCGACGGGCCAUUUGAAAGUCGGAAGACAGCGACACACGUAUUAGUGUAUCUCUUAACACAGGAACUUUAUAUAGUCAUACAUUUGUUGGAUUUUUUUUCAACUGAAAGUGUGAUUUUGAUUAGCGUAUUUGUACGAAGCGAUCGCAGCCAUAUUUAUUUGAAAAUGUCGAACAGAGACUUUGCUCGCCACCAAAAUUUGGCUGAAGAUGAUUUGGUUGAAGACUGUGCACCUUUUGGAGGUUCAACAGAAUAUUUGAAAAAGUCUGCACACCACUUUUCGUCAGACAAGUGCGAUUCUGUGUGCGACAGCGGUGUGGAUCUUCGAUCUGUGGAAAGUUGCUACAGUUCGUAUGCUGGGUCUCUUCCCGUAGUUGCCGAGAAGAGCCCAGACACUCAAACUAUUGAGGAGAAAUUGGAAGGGCUUACUUUGGGUUCUCAAAACUAUCCAUCUACAGAGGAAACAAAAUGCUCUCUGGAUGAUGGUUAUAUAAGCUACGACAGAAAGGAAGUUUCGUGUGAAUUAUCACAUGAUCCAACUCCCCAAAUAUCACCAGAAGUAUUCCAGCUAUACAGUCAAGAUAAUGAUGGAGACUCGCAACUACACAUGGCAAUCAUCAAUUUACUGGUGCCAAUUGCUCUGUAUAUCAUCCAGCAAGCCCCUAGCAGAGAUUGGUUAAAUCUUCCCAACAACAUGCUCCAGACCCCUCUUCAUUUGGCUGUCAUGACACGACUUCCCCAAGUUGUCAAGGCCCUCAUUGAUGGGGGAGCGGACAUUGAGGCCAGGGAUUCUAAAGGGGACACUCCCCUUCACAUUGCCAGUAGAGAGGGGUAUGACGAUAUCGCCCUGAUCUUGCUUGCACCUGCUAGUACUGCAAGCAAAAGAACUUCUCAGGACUUGGAAGCUCGAAAUUAUGAUGGUCAGACUUGUCUGCACUUGGCAGCAGAGAACACCCAUCUCCCAAUUAUUCGUCUUUUAGUGAUGUCAGGAGCCAACCUGAAUACACAGGAUGGAAAAAGUGGCAAGAGUGUCAUCCAUUAUGCUGCAGAAACUGGGAACACUUUGUUGUUGGAUUUUUUGCUGCAAUACAGCACCAUCAACCUUCAUUCCAGAACGUACAGUGGACUCACAGCCAUCAUGUUAGCUGAUGGACGAAAUUAUCACGACAUUGUGCAUCAAUUGCAGAAAUACGGGGGGUCACUGGAAAAUGUUGCUUUCGAUGACUCUUCAGAUAGUGAGGAAGAUAUGAGUUGAAAUGACUUUCCAAUUGUCAUGCUCACAACUGGGUCGGCCCAAGACGUCCCGAGAUGACUCCCGGCACAAUCUGUGAUAACUUCGUCCCUACGAGGAUAAAUACGAGUCUAACUCUGGCAGGAAACUCAAACUACAAACUUUAAUCCAUGGUUGUGAUUAUUUGUAAAAAACAAAAAAAACAAAACAACAAUUUUUUCCAGUAUUUUCAUCUAAAGGAAUACAUGUUUGAUAUAUAUGUAUAAUCUCGCAGUAGUAGCGGGAAGUUAUGUAGGAAAAAUGUGUUUUUUUACAUGCAUGAGAUUUUUUUACCAUGUGUAAGAUUUUUUGAGUUUUGUAUGAUGGGUCUGAACAUCUUUGAAAAUUUUGUAUGUAAAGGUGCCAGCUGGACUUGCCCUAUGCCAGUAUAAAGAACUAAUCGCUGUAGAAAUCCUGUAUAUUUAUUGUGAAUGUUGUAUGUGAACAGACAGGUCAGUAGAGGAAGAUCUACAUCUAUUCCAUUCCACUGUGUUGUUUUUAUCUGUUUGAGAAAUAAAUCGAAUAAUCAUAAAAAUA